AUGGUAUCCUUUGAUGUCGUUUCGCUCUUCACCUCCAUUCCACAGCAACUAGCGAUAGACGUUGUGGACCAACUACUGGCAGAGCGCUAUGAGGAGAGGGACAAGCCCCUGAAGUCUGAACAUCUGCUCGAGCUUCUGCGCUACUGCCUCAAGACCUAUUUCACCUUUGGUGGACAAAUGUACGAACAAAUAAAAGGCACUCCUAUGGGUUCCCCUCUAUCAGGCCUAAUCGCUGAAGUAGUUCUCCAACGGAUAGAACACUUGGUGUUCGCUAAGUAUCAACCAAAGUUCCGGGCUCGCUAUGUCGAUGACACCUUCGUCGUUGUCAAAACUACUGACAUUGAGCACCUAAAGGAACUACUGAACUCGGUCGACCCGGAUAUCCAAUGUACGAUGGAAGCAGAAACGAACAACCAACUGCCAUUCCUCGACGUGCUUGUGCUCCGGAGUUCAACUGGACAACUGCAAACCGCAGUAUUCCGGAAAUCCACCGACACGAGACAGAUCCUACACUUCAACAGCAACUAUCCUCUGUCUCACAAACGUAGCUGUGUCCGCACUCUAUUCCAAAGAGUCCAAACACAUUGCAGCACGCCAGAAGAUAAAAGAGCCGAACGAAUGUAUCUUCAGGACCUAUUUGCAGCCAAUGGAUACCCCAGACAUUUUAUCGAGAGAAGCAGACUUCGGGUGCACAGACGACGGCCAAAUGAGCAGCAACCUGAAGUAUGGAGGACCAUUCCCUACGUUAAAGGGGUCUCUGAGGCGGUCUCUCGAUUGUUACAACCGGCCAGAGUAGGCAUAGCUCACCGACCACAGGCAACAAUUCGACGCCGUCUGAUGCAACCUAAGGACCCCUUGUCACCCGCCGAAACCUCUGCAGUUAUCUAA